UUUAAACAGUCAAAAGAAUGGCCUUUUCAAUCAUUUUGUGAUGAACUCACUCAAGAUUUAUUUAGUUUGUCAUGGGAAAUAAGACAUGGAGCUGCUACUGCUUUAAGAGAAAUAGUUAGGAUACAUGGAAAAGGUGCUGGUAAAACAACUGAUACACCCUCUGAUCAGGUAGAAUUAGUUAAUCAAAUAUGGUUAGAAGAUUUAGCUCUAAGGCUUCUAUGUGUAUUGGCUUUAGAUAAAUUUGGAGAUUACAUAUCUGAUCAGGUAGUUGCACCUGUAAGAGAAACUUGUGCUCAAGCAUUAGGAGCUGUUCUAAGCAUAAUGUGGCAUUCUGGAGUUGAAGGUGUUCUUCAAGUUAUCCUUGAAUUAUUAAAACGGCACGAAUGGGAAGCUAGACAUGGUGGAUUAUUAGGAUUAAAGUAUCUUUUAGCAGUUAGACAGGUAAUAUUGAAAAAUUAUUU